UCCAAUCUCCUUAAUUAAGCCGUGGAGUCACACCUGUCCCAGCUCGGCAAUCAGACCAGCAAACUUCCAACGCUGGGUUUUAUUUGGACACAUUUCUGUCUUCUUUGGGUACUGUCUUUCCUUACCUUGAAGAAUGGUAACUUUCAGCGUGCUUUAUCACAGGUUCUCCCGGCUGGCUAAAGGCGCUGCACAAAAACAACACAGGAAAUAUGAGAAAUGGCGCACCUGUGGCGUCACUGAGGACUGUUCGAGCCAGGCAGUGUCAGAUGGAGAGCUGAACAUGUCUGCACGGGGCUGUGGAGGCAGCAGCUCCAGCCUUCCGGGGACUCCAGGUGGGGACGCAGGCCGCACCAACAGCGUGCUGAGCUGGGCUGUCUCAUUUGAGAAUCUGUUGCAGGACCCCUGUGGGGUCAAUUACUUUACGGCCUUCUUAAAGUCAGAAGUGAGUGCAGAGAAUAUUUUAUUCUGGCAGGCUUGUGAAAAGUUCAAAAAGAUUCCUGGCACCUCCUUGGACAAGCUGAAAACAGCUGCUCGGUCCAUCUAUGAUACCUACCUGUGCGAUAGUGCUCCCUACUCAGUCAACAUCGAUGAUACUGCCAAGACAGAGGAGAGUCACCUGGAGCAGCCCACUCCUGACAUGUUCAACAAAGCUCAGGCACAGAUAUUUAAACUGAUGAAGAUGGACAGCUACAGGCGCUUUGUGCGCUCUCCUCUCUACCAGCAAUGCACCCUGGCAAGUGUGGAAGGAAAACUCUUGCCCCAGCUCUCUACAGAGCCUGUCCGCAUCGCAUCCUGGGAGGAUUUGCUCAGCAGAAGCCCCUUAAAUGACAACAAGAACAAGAAGGUUGAUUCAAACAGCUUGCCAGGUGGUAGGAGUGCUUCAGACAAACAGAGACAGAAAAGAGGCUCUUGGGGAGAUACAUCAAAUUUCCAAGGCUCAGGCCCUGGAAAAGGGGCUCAAAUGUCACUCAAAUCUAACAGCAGUGUGGAGCUUGGCUCCCUCUACUGGCAAAUUGAGAACGGACGGUCGAGUCCUCGUUUCCCAGAACAGGGUGUUGGAGGUGGGAGUCGUAUAGGAGUGGAGGGGGGGUAUUGCUGUGUCUACCUACCUGAUGGCAGCGCCUCCCUGGCCCCCACACGCAAUGGCCAGCCAAUCAAAGACAUGCUGGCUAGCCUGUGUGAGAAGAGAGGCUUCCCACUGAAAGAUGUCAUCAUUUACUUGCAUGGCAAGGACAAGGUGACUACUUCUCCUCUGGCUGCAGCUUCAAAUCACGCUACUCAUAACCAUAUUCUGUGCCCCCUGCUCGUGGUGUUCUGUGGCUGCACAGCCUUUAUCACUGGACCAGGACUGUUCUGUGCUAAGAGAUCAGCAGGUCUCUCUCGAGCUCAGGGUCACAUUUGCGUUAUUGAGAUGCAUCUGUAUCAUAGGUUAGAGAUUGCCUUCACUGGUAAAACGAUGGGAAUAAUGGCGAAGUCCAGUAAGACACUGCAUGACGCCCUCUCCGUGGUGCUGCACAAGCAUCACCUCAAGUCCCAAGAGGCCUUAGUCACUGUGGUUGGAAGUGAUGAGCCUGUGAAUAUGAACUGCUCUGUUUACAGAAUGGCCAAUAAGAAGCUACGACUCGACAAAGCCAAAGGUAAAGAUCAGAUCAACUUAUCCGAAGGCAGUGUUGCUUCACAGGCAGGAGCAAUGAGGACGGGUUUGGAGGCUCAAUCAUCUGUGGAGACAGACGGAACCAAGACGCAGCCCAGACCCAGUAAGAACCGCGACAUGGAUGGAUUUCUGGAGAUGUUGACGAAAGCUCAGUGCUGUAGGGUUGAUGACCAGCGAGGCCUUCUGACCAAAGAGCAGCUGGAGAUCCCCUCCUUCCUGCAGCGUCCCUCAGAUCAGGACACUGGUGAUCUCGGCACAAGUUGCUCUUCCACUAUUGACUCCGAAGUAAAAUCGGACGACAACCCACUGACUCCUGGAUCAGCCAAAGCAAUUGAGGAAAGUCCCAACUCUACUUCGAAAGAAGUAAGGGAAACAACAGUUUGAUGGAGCAUUCACCCGUGAGACAAGAAAAGAGAUGAUCAAGAAAUGCAAUACCGUUGUUUGUUAAUGUUUGUUAACGUGAGAUGUGAAUCAUAUCAAUCGGCAAAAAGCGUGUCUGUCUGUCUGAAAGCACUUUUUAUACCUGCCAAUGAAUAAGCUCUGAAACAGCAGUGUGCCUCCGUUUCUGCUACUGAUUUAAAGGCCUUUUAAAGUCAUUAUGUUAAGACAAGGAAGUCCAUGGCAAGCAUUUAUAGUGUAAUUUAAAAACACUACAAAUCCUUAUGGGUAAAUGUUUGCUAUACAUAUAUUUUUGCACUCUGAAGUGUAUCAGGUUUUUGCUCCGACUUUCACAGUGGGAUUUGUUGUAUCGUCUGGUAUGACCUUCCUUGCCUCUAUUUUUCACACUUUGAACUCCCCGUCAUGUUUUAAGUGAAUUUUAAACUAAAACAUUUAUCAGCAAAGGAAAUGCAGGCAGUCCAGAUAGAUUUUACAAAGUGUUUUGCAUGAUUGUGUGUUGGUUUAAGAAGAUACUUUGUAUUGUUUGAAGAUAAGUAUCCAUUUGAAAUUCCUUCUUUCUGUUUGUGCUUGUUUUUAAAUGCAUGUUCUUGGCACUUUGUGAAACGCUGGUCAAGUCUUGCUUUCAUGUCACCUAAGCUGUAUCUCGGGGUCAUUGUACUACUGAAAAGUAUUUUCAAGAGACUGAUUGAAGUAGUAUUAGUACAAAUGGGUACAUUGGUACUCAGUUGUUCUUACACUGCCUCUGUAUAACUUCUUUUAAAAAAAAUAACUAUGUAAAAUUUAAUGUGCAAUGUUUUCUUCUUUAGCAGUUUUGAUGGUGAGAACAUGAAGAAAGACAGACAUCAGCUUUGAUGUUAGCAGAGGAAUUGUUGCUAUAUAUCUGUAA